AUGUCGCUAGAAAAAGCAGACUUCUCAGAGGCUGAGAAUGCCAUUCAAAGCGAUAGGUCGUCGUCCGGCGACGCGCCGGAAUCGGCAUGGACGGAAGAAGAAGAGCGCGCAGUGAGGCGAAAGAUGGAUUGGAAUCUGGUGCCGUUGGUUACGCUUCUGUACCUGCUCUGCUUCCUGGAUCGAUCGAACAUCGGCAACGCACGCAUCCAGGGUUUAGCCAAGGAUCUAAAUCUCGUCGGGUACCAGUUCAACUGGUCUUUAACCGUAUUCUAUGUCACUUACAUGCUCGUCGAGGUGCCUAGCAAUAUCGUACUCAAGAAAGUCGGCCCUCGCUGGUGGAUUCCUUUCCUGGUCGCUGGUUUCGGGCUUGUCUCGCUUUGCACGGCAUUUGUGCAUAACUUCUCACAGUUGAUGGUUGCGCGUGCGUUCCUGGGAGUCUUCGAGGGCGGUACUAUGCCGGGUAUCGCUUUCUACUUGAGCUGUUUUUACCGCCGCCAGGAGCUUCUCUUCCGCAUUGGUAUCUUCGUCUCUGCCGCUUCAAUGGCGGGCGCAUUUGGUGGGCUCUUGGCAACUGGUCUCUCGCGUAUUCCUCACUGGGGCGUUGCAUCCACGCCAAUCCACACCUGGCGCAACAUUUUCUUCUUCGAAGGCCUGAUCACACUGCUCAUCGGCAUCGGCUCGCCGUGGCUGAUGGCAACCAAGCCAGAGGAGUGCACGUUCCUGACGGAAAGGCAGCGGUACAUCGCAGCGGAGCGGCUGCGUCAAGACCACAAGGCCAACGCCAACGAAAAGGUCGAGGCGCACCACAUCAAGCGGGCCAUCUUCAACAUCAACAACAACGUGUGCGCGCUGGGCUUCUUCCUGAUCAACAUCACGGUGCAGAGCAUCUCGCUGUUCAUGCCGACGCUGCUGGCGGACCUGGGCUGGACGGCGACCAAGGCGCAGCUGCACACGGUGCCGCCGUACGUGCUAGCCUGCCUGGUCGCCAUCCUCGUGGCGUUCGCGUCGGACCGCACGCGGCAGCGCGGCGCCUGGCUCGCCCUGUUCGCGCCCAUCGGCAUCGUCGGCUUCGCCGUGCUGCGCGCAGACGUCAGCGCUAACAUCAAGUACAUGGCCGUCUUCUUCGUCACCAUCGGCGUCUUCCCCGGCGGUCCUGCUUUCCUGUCGUGGGGGUUGAACAACGCGGCGGGCCCAGCAGUGCGAGCGGUGGCGGGCGGCUACAUCCCGUCGGUAGGGACGCUAGGCGCGGUCGUAGCGACGUGGACGUACCUGCCGAGCGACGCGCCGCGCUACCCGAUCGGCCACUCGAUCAACCUGGCGGCGCAGGUGGCGGCCCUCUUCCUCGCCCUCGCCGGCAUCGCGUACAUCGUGUGGGAGAACCGGCAGCGCGCGCAGGGGCGCCGCGACCACCGCCUGGAGGGGAAGAACGAGCAGGAGAUUGCGGAUCUCGGGUACAGGCACCCGGAGUUCAGGUAUAUUCCUUAA